AUGGCCGUGGCAGAUUCCGAGCCAUCAUCAUCCAACUCAUCAUCCACCAACCCAACAUCCACCCACCCGUCACCCAUUUCAUCACCCAAGCAACCUCCCAAGCUCCUUAAAGGGGGAAACUGCGCAUUGCAUUCGUCUGAAUUGAGUGGAACGCAGGUGCCACAUUCCAAGCCAUCGCCCAAGCGAUCAACCACCGGCCCAUCACCCAAGCCAUCACCAAAGCAGGCAGAUUUCAAGUCGUUGCCCAAGCGAUCAUCGUCCGAGCCGGCAGUGUCCUGGUUAUUACCCCAGCCAUCAUCCACCAAGCCAUCAACCAAGCAACUGGACGUGUCAGACGGCCUAUUCGAUUUGGCUUUUGAUUUGUGUCAGGAAGCACGGUUGCUUGCAUUGAGUACAACGCUGGUGGCAGAUUCCAAGCCAUCACCCAAGCAGGCAGACCUUAAACCGUUACCCAAGCGAUCAUCCCCCGAGCCGGCAGAUUCCAAGUCAUUAUUCCAGCCAUCACCUACCAAGCCAUCAACCAAGCAGCUGGACGUGGCAGAUUCCGAGCCAUUAGUCCAGCCAUCAUCCACCAAGCCGUCACUCACCAAGCGUUCACCAUCACCCAAGUCACCAUCCAAGCAGCCGGAGACAGCCGCGAUCACGACAAACUCGCGCCGCACCGUCACCGAAAAGGCUCACACGAGUACACUUCCCCUGCACAAGUUGGUCGUGCAUGCGUUGUCUGUCGCAGUGCACAUGGUCUUCAAGACAGUCCAGUCUCUGAUCCUCCUAGUGAAGAUCUGGCUGACGGGCGUGGUUCUGCCGAUUGCUCGAGCAGCCAAACUGAACUUUGAAAUUGUGUUCUGCCUACCCACCCUUGGCAAGCUUUGGCUCGGGGUUGGUUUUGAUCUCGUGUGCAUCUUCCAUCUGUCGGUGUACCUGCUGAUCGCCAAGAUCGCCGUCGGCCUUCUCACGGUUGUUAACAAGAUCAUAUUUGUUCAUCUUCCACCCGUCGACAGGAUCAUCGUCGGUCGAAUCGUCAGUCGAAACGUUCUCAAGCUCAACGAUAUCAUCGUCGUCCAGGGCAUCCCUGUCCUUCUCGGGGUUGUCAGCAAGAUCAUCGUCAAAUUUCUCGAGUUCAAGCUUCUCAACAAUAUCCUGUCGACAUGGCUCAUGCAAUUGGGAAAUCUCCCACCCCAACAAGAGCACAGCGCAAUAGACUCUCCCUCUCCAGAAUGGACCAAAGCAGCCUAUCCAUCCCCACGCCCGCGUCCAAGCCAAAUGGAACCCCUGGACGAAAUGACAUUGGUCGCACUGGAUGCUCUGGGUCACGACGUCUCUCGAUUGCGCACUCCCAGUCCAGAGAACCAGGCGUUAAAAAAUCCGAGAUGCCUGUCGUUAAUGAACAGUCCCAAGCUAAAGAAGGGUCAGAAGCUCAAGCCAACCGGCCGGACGGCAAGAGGCCAGGCAAUAGCCCAGGCAAGAGCCCGUUCGAAGUUAACCAACGAUACGAACCAAACCGAAGAGCCACUAUGA